CGCCCUGCCCGCUGCUCGGCGUGACGCGGGCCCGGCGCCCCGCGCCCACCAUGUCCUACCCGCAGGGCUACCUGUACCAGGCGCCCGGCUCGCUGGCGCUAUACUCGUGCCCGGCGUACGGCGCGUCGGCACUGGCGGCGCCGCGCAGCGAGGAGCUGGCGCGCUCGGCGUCGGGCUCGGCGUUCAGCCCUUACCCGGGCUCUGCGGCCUUCACCGCGCAGGCGGCCACGGGCUUCGGCAGCCCGCUGCAGUACUCGGCCGACGCAGCCGCCGCCGCCGCCGGCUUCCCAUCCUACAUGGGUGCGCCCUACGACGCACACACGACCGGGAUGACGGGCGCCAUCAGCUACCACCCUUACGGGAGCGCGGCCUACCCGUACCAGCUCAAUGACCCGGCCUACCGCAAGAACGCCACGCGGGAUGCCACGGCCACGCUCAAGGCCUGGCUCAACGAGCACCGCAAGAACCCUUACCCCACCAAGGGCGAGAAGAUCAUGCUGGCCAUCAUCACCAAGAUGACCCUCACGCAGGUCUCCACCUGGUUCGCCAACGCGCGCCGGCGGCUCAAGAAGGAGAACAAGAUGACGUGGGCCCCCAGGAACAAAAGCGAGGACGAAGACGAGGACGAGGGCGACUCGGCAAGGAGCAAGGAGGAGAGUCCGGACAAGGCGCAGGAGGGCACCGAGACUUCGGCGGAGGACGAAGGGAUCAGCCUGCACGUCGACUCGCUCACGGAUCACUCGUGCUCCGCCGAGUCGGACGGAGAGAAGCUGCCGUGCCGGGCCGGGGACCCCCUGUGCGAGUCGGGCUCGGAGUGCAAGGAGAAGUACGACGACCUAGAGGACGACGAGGACGACGACGAGGAGGGCGAGCGGGACCUGGCGCCGCCCAAGCCCGUGACCUCGUCGCCGCUCACCGGCGUGGAGGCGCCGCUGCUGAGCCCCCCAUCCGAGGCCGCGCCCCGCGGGGGCGGCGGCGGCGGCGGCGGCAAGACGCCCCUGGGCAGCCGGACGUCGCCGGGCGCGCCGCCGCCCGCCAGCAAGCCCAAGCUGUGGUCUCUGGCCGAGAUCGCCACGUCGGACCUCAAGCAGCCGAGCCUGGGCCCGGGUUGCGCGCCGCCGGGGCUGCCAGCGGCCGCCGCGCCCGCCUCGUCCGGGGCGCCGCCGGGCGGCUCGCCCUACCCCGCGUCGCCGCUGCUCGGCCGCCACCUCUACUACACGUCGCCUUUCUACGGCAACUACACAAACUACGGGAACUUGAACGCGGCGCUGCAGGGCCAGGGGCUCCUGCGGUACAACUCGGCGGCCGCGGCCCCCGGAGAGGCGCUGCACGCGGCGCCCAAGGCUGCCAGCGACGCGGGCAAGGCGGGCGCGCACCCGCUGGAGCCCCACUACCGGCCCCCCGGCGGCGGCUACGAGCCCAAGAAAGAUGCCAGUGAGGGCUGCACCGUGGUUGGUGGAGGCCUCCAGCCCUACCUAUAGAAGGGCCGCACACAGCAAUGCAAGGGGUUUGAGGACAGAGCACUGCAAUCUUCCCCGGUUUUUUUUGUUUUGUUUUGUUUUGUUUUUCCCUUUAAGUGGGAGAGGAUCCAUUCUCUUUUAGAGAGUCCCUCUUUUUCUGCUCAAGUUCUGCUUUACAGAAUCACUCCUUUAACUGGAAUGUAUUUAUUGCACUACUGCUGUUGUUUUCUCUUUGGAAAAAAUAGAUUCUUAAAAUCUGGGUAUUUGUAUGCAACUUGGAACUUUUUUUGUUUUUUAACUAUGCUAGACCCUUAAUAGACACUUGCUUUGAUGAGCGAGUGCUCCUGAAACUUGGGGUAUCAAACCCCUUUAUAGAUGAUCUUUGCAGAGUCAGACUGUAGAGACAUAGAAGGACUAGUCUAGUCUUUUAUCAGGCUUGUCCCUAUGUCCAGAUGGACUAGAUAGGGCCGUGCAGUUCGCCUGGCUGACAGCAGUAACUCACAAAAUACCUACUUUACAAGUAGGCACAAUUGCUAAUCACAGAUCUUGAAGAUGGGAAAGAUGCAAAACCAUUUCAGAUGGAGUCUUUUUUAGAAUAUGAUGAUGUUGGCAUGGGACUGAAGACUUUGGGAUGAUUUGGUUUUUUCCUUGGUCCACAGGUAGGUGUCACAAUUGCUUUGGAAAAAAAAGUCAGCAGGCCAUUCUCUCUUCCCAAGUUCAUAAAUAUACAGAUAUAUAAAACAAAAAAUGAUCUCUAAAUCUGGACCACAUCUUGUGCCACUGUAAAAGAGAAGGAUCCACAGGGCACUGCCAACCCACAGACUCUAUUGGAACAGACUUUUGUUGGACAUAUGUGAAUUUGUUGGCAUAGUAUAGCUUCCCCAAUGUAUGUGUGACUUUUGAAAACAAUCUUUUUUCUCAGGAUAUCUUGAAUUGAUCACUUCAUUGCCACGGUAUAUAUUCUAUAGGUGUGAUAGGAUUUACUGUAAAGUUUAUUUGUAAAAGAUGUACACAGUAGAAAUAAAACGUGAUUAUAGAACUUGAGUACUUAAGAAGUGGAAACAAAUUUGAUAUUUAUUUUUAUAAUGAUAUAAAGCUUCUAGUAAUUUAUGCAAGUUGUAUUGCAAUGGAAUCUAAACCUUUUGUAAAUAAAUUCUGCCUGGUUUUUAUUUGAACAUUGCUGGUUAUAUAAUCU